AUGGCUUGCUACGAUGUGUGCUCCCCCUCCGCCUGUGGUGUCUACCGUCCCCAGCCCCUGGCUGACAGUGGGAAUGAGCCGUGUGUCCGUCAGUGCCCUGACUCCACCACUGUGAUCCAGCCACCUCCCGUCGUCGUCACCUUCCCCGGCCCCAUCCUCAGCUCCUUUCCCCAGGGUUCUGUUGUGGGGUCCUCUGGAGCUCCUGUCCUUGGGAGCUCUGGGGGCUCCCUGGGCUAUGGCAGUCUGGGGGGCUAUGGCAGUCUGGGGGGCUAUGGAGGCUCUCUGGGCUACGGGGGUCUGUAUGGCUAUGGGGGCUCGUCCCUGGGCUGUGGGGGUUUAUCUUAUGGUUCUGGCUCUUGCAGCCCUUACUCCUACCGGUACAGCAGGUACCGUCGUGGCAGCUGUGGGCCCUGCUAA